AUCCAGUCGUACUGCGAAUGCCACGCUGUGAGCUUCGUAUUCGCGGUAUUUCGGGACUUUUCAUUUGCUCAAUAAAUCGAACUUCGUUGUCACGACACAGUGUUUCCGUUUUGUCGACGAUAUCCGCGUGAACGAUAGGUCGUUAGAUUUGACUCGAUGUUUCGGAGAAAUCGGGGUUCUCCGUUGUUUCAACGGUAGUUGUAGUUGCACCGUUGGCGCUGCUUUUUCCAGUUCGAACCUAGCGUAAGCGUGUGCCACACGAGAAGGUACGGUCCGAGUGGCGAAAACCGGUGAUCGAGGUUACCGAGUGUUUCCUCGCUGAUUUAUCUAAUUCCGAAAUUAACGGAGAGUGUGGAAAGUGCGCAAGCCGGAGAAAUCGCGAUGCGACAGCGCCGGGAGAUGCUCCAUUUGCAGUGGCAGCGGCAACAGGAAGGACAAGACGUUCCGACAGCAAGAUAGAAAGGUUACCGAAGGAACAAACUGGCGCGUAGUUAGAUAGCAGCGUGAUUGACUCGAAUCGACCGAUAGGGGGACGCUGUCAUUCCUUGUUCGAACAUUUAAAACGAGCGCGCGGUUUAGCGGAACACUCGGUUCUGGUUGGUGGGACCGUUUUGUUGUUUACCAACGUCUGUGUGUGGUCAAACACAGGAACGUCGAUUACUCGGAGGAGAGAGAGAGGGUCGGAUAAAAAGGUGAAAGAGCGAAACAAACACGUUCGUUCAAGGUAUAUAGCGAAAGGGAGAGAAAGACAGAGUGCUAGAGAGUAUAGUAGAACGCGUGCUCGUUGAAGAUAGAAGAAGAAAGAACGAUCGCUAAGAAAGAGAGGUAAGCAAUAACGGCAAGUGGGCGCACGAGAUGCAUUCCAGAUGGACGAUGACGCCGCACAGUCUGUAAGACUCGCGUGGUUUCUACGUUCUAUCGCGUUUGUCCGUGAUUGUCGUGUCAGGACGUAUCGACGAUCGUCGGGUGGGUUAUGACGCGCGCUUAACGCGCUGCGUGCACGAAUAGAAGCGAACGUGUGUCGAUCCUAUGUACAACAUGGAGUCCGACACGGCGGCCGACUGGUCGUCGCCGAGAAAGAGCUCCCUCGAGACAUCGAUGCCGAGGAAAUUCCGUAAGGAUUCAUGUCGAACGACGGGGGGUGCAACACUCAUUUGGGCAAUGUGCGCCCUCUGUAUUACCAGCUUGGCUGUGUCCGGUCUACUCAUGUACAGGGAACUAGGAUUGGAAUCGCGGAUCGCCAAUUUGGAGGCUCGUUGUCAAAUUCAAGAAAUGCCGGACGUUCUUAUUCAGAGGCUCAAGAGAGAAAUUCAGGAACAGUUGGAGGUGCAUCGGCCUGCCUUCCAGUCCAACGUUUUUCGGAUCAAACGAGACGUUUCCGAGUGCAAUUGUCCACCAGGUCCUCCCGGUGAGCCAGGUCCUCCUGGAAAAAGGGGGAAAAAAGGGAAAAAAGGUGACCCCGGGGAACCAGGCCCGCAGGGUGUGGCCGGGACGCCGGGCAAGAACGGUUUUCCGGGACCUAUUGGGUUAGAUGGACCAAAAGGUGAGCCGGGACGACCCGGAGAAAAAGGACAGAAAGGCGAACUGGGAAGUCCGGGCUUUGACGUCUUUUCCGCAGUAAAGGUCAAUGCACAGGGAUUAGGGUUAAAGAGGUCGGUGACGACGCUCCGCGGCGGGACGCUUGGCUAUGCGGAAAUCGUCGCUCUGAAGGGACUUCAGGAGCAAGGGCAUAAUAUCUCAGCGCAGACCAUCAUACAACUGAAAGGAGAGCCAGGCGAACCUGGACCACCGGGGCCACCCGGUCCUCCGGGAGCCGAAGGUCUUCCUGGGCACGAAGGCAGGCAAGGAUCUCCGGGUGACGUUGGGCCACCGGGUGAAAAGGGAGCAUCAGGACCGACUGGACCAAUUGGUCCGCCUGGUACGCCGGGACUUCCAGGUCCUAAGGGUGACAAGGGCGAGAGAGGAGAUCGAGUUGUAACAACAUCCUUAAACGGGGAACCGUUUCCAACUGGAGUGUUCGAAGGACCCCCCGGUCCACCAGGACCACCUGGGCCCCAGGGCGAGAAGGGGGAGCUGGGUCCGACGGGACCACCCGGUCAGCCGGGAGAGAAGGGUGCCCGGGGAAAGCAAGGGAAGAGGGGUUUCAAGGGUGAAAGCGGUGUGGCAUUGAUGAGAGGCCCACCCGGUCUACCGGGUCCAAAGGGUGAACCCGGGGAACGGGGUUACCGAGGCGAAAAAGGCACCAAGGGAGACACGGGCUCACCAGGACCAAAGGGAGAACAAGGACUACCUGGUCUAGCUGGAUUCAACGGAACAGAUGGGGAAACUGGUAUUCAAGGUCCUCCAGGAUUGCCAGGUAUUUCUGGACCGAAAGGUGAGAAAGGUGACUACGGAGACAUCGGACCUCCAGGACUUAUGGGACCACCAGGUUUGCCUGGUCCACCGGGUUAUCCAGGGUUGAAAGGUGAAAAAGGAGAGAAAGGUGAAUCGAAAUACAAGAAACUCAGGCGAAGACAGGGAGACGGUACGUUCGAAGUAAAUGCCGGCGAAGUGAUAAUGGGACCACCGGGACCACCUGGUCCAGCUGGUACUCCUGGGCUUCAAGGUCCACCUGGGAUAAAAGGCGACCGAGGACACGAUGGUGCAAAGGGCGAUCCUGGAGAGAAGGGUGCCAAAGGAGAUCCUGGUCCAAUGGGACUACCCGGCCCCAUGGGACUGAGAGGAGAAUCCGGAAAACCCGGGGAUGCCGGGAAACCUGGUGCCAUGGGGCCACCAGGAUUAGACGGCAUGAAGGGUGCACAAGGAGAACCAGGCACAAAGGGAGAAAGAGGGGAUCCUGGCCUACCUGGUACCGAUGGAAUUCCUGGCGCGGAGGGACCGAAGGGAGAGAAAGGUGCUAAAGGCGAAUCUGGACCGCCAGGGAAACGCGGUAGGAAAGGCGACAAAGGCAACAAAGGAGAUCAGGGUGUACCCGGGCUAGAUGCUCCGUGUCCAUUAGGAGCCGACGGACUUCCGCUAGCAGGAUGCGGUUGGAGACCACCCCAGCAGGACAUCACUAGCACCUCGAUACCAGCUGUCGAAGGUCCUGAAACUUCAGAGACGGAUUACGAAGAACCAGAAGAGGACUACGAGGAGUAUACGGAUCCGAACGCAAAUCUAGCCGAGCAAUAAUUGCUCGUUGUGCGCUGCCCUAAUCACUACCAACAACUACCACAACUACUACCACUACCAUCACCACUACAACCACCAAAACCACCACCGCCAUCGCCCUCAUCACUCGUCUCACCUUGCUCUCCCAAACUAACGUGGUCCUGAGAAGAAGAAAUAUUCUUCAUGAUUGGCUAGAAGAGGAAGCCGAAAAAGAAGAGGGGCAGUGAUACAAGUAUUUUAAAAGAAGAUAGUACAUAUUUUCAAAGACCUUUGUGUAUACUCCAUCGUAAAAAUACAAUUCAUCCAGUUUAACGCGAAGAAAAUCGAGUUAUGUAUUUAAGAAAAAGAAAUAUAUAUAUUUUUUUACAUAUAUAUAUUUUUUUUUCUUUUUUGGCAUAUAAAAUACAAUGUAUGCCGAAAUAAUCUUCUUGCCAUCGGGUGUUGUAAAUAAGUGUACUUACAGUGUUUAGCGUCCGCAAAUAGUGCGUGUACAUAAAUAUUUAGAGCUUACUACCGAAAAUGCGGUUAGAACGACAUCAUAAUUUUAUCGACAAUUUGUUUAUAAUGUAAACGUAAACGUCAGUAAUUUAUAAAUUACUUUAUUUCUAAGGAGAGUAAAAUUAAUGACCGAAUUAUCCAAAUAUCGUUUGCACAACGUAAUAUAGCGAUAGCAAAGUUCUAAAACAAUGAACAAUUUCAUUGGUCCAUUAACAUCAUUGUCAACGUGUUUUCUUUGCUAAAAUACGUUGCACUCUAUGUGAAGAAAUAAAUUUUCUCUCUGCGUGUUUUUUAUAUGGACAUGUCUCGUGGAAGCACAAGAUGUAAAAAGUUGGAAACGUUAAUCGUUUUGUUCUACCUUCUUUAACUGAAGAUGAAUUGAACGUAUAUUCACGUAAAUUUCAGUCAAUGUUAUUUUUCUGUUUAUUUAUUUGCUUGCUAAAAUGCAACCAAAUGCAUUUAAGCAUAAUUAUAAUAUUAUGUAUUUAUAUAGCUGCUAUUAAUUAUUACCUUUAUUAUACAUUAUUAUGUUUCUAAGAUUUUUUUAAAUUUAAAUUAUAUUAUUCUCGCUUAAUCAAAAUUUGUAUAAUAAGUUCAACUACGAAACUUGGAAUUUUAUUUUCAUCGAAAAACUAAUGCCGUAUGAUUAUUUUAACGAGGAACGGUUGAAAAUUUCUUUUCCCAGUAUGUGUCAUUUAUGUGCACAAUACAUAUAUGCGUACCUAUGCCAUUUUAUUGCCUUCGGUACGUUUAAUAAAAAAAGUGCACAUUUCUGCGCGAUCGCAAGGGAAGAUUUUUAUACAAAUAUCAGUUAAUAAUGCAUAUCUCGACAUAAUUUUCAUCUAGAUUAGUAAUAAUAUCAACUGUAAAGCAAAGGAGUAACGUGUACACAUUGUCAAUACUGUCAGGUAUUGUUAAAUAAAGAAUAAGUAUAUAUC